AUAGAUGUAGUUCACAAUGGACUGGCCCCUCGGCCUUGGUUUGGUGUAGUUGGGAUCCCACACCAAAUGGCUGUUGAUCGUUUGAGAGUUAUCUUAUCAGAAAAUGAUGCCGGUACAUUUGAUUUGAUUUAUUUAUAAUAAAAUGAGCUGGAAAUGCACGAAUUUCGGCUGCUUCCGAGCCCUCCUUGCCAACGUUGUCAACGCGACUGUCAUCUCAGUCGACCAAAUUGGGGUUGUACCAUGGUCCCUAUUUCUAUGGAUUGUAUGGCUCUUUUUACAUACCAUAUACAAGAAAUUAUUUCAGAGCCUCCUCAAAAGGAUAUCGGUUAAGGAGCCACAAAGAACGAGGCUCGUCAAGAUCUACUGGGCCAUCGCAUUUGCCGGGAUGUCGAUUCCAUUCGCUUUUCAAAAUUUAAAUUUGACAUUAGAGGACAUCAAGAUCAAGAAAUACCAUGUUCUCGAAACUCAGAAGUGGCUCAGCAAAGGUCCGUUGCCAUCUGUACAGACGAAACUGUCUUAUGUUCUGUUGAGCGGAUUCUAUUUGAACAACAUCUGCGAGACGAGCAUAGAACGAGGUUUUAGAAACAUCGAGUUCCUCAUUCAUGAAUUUCUUGCCAUAUUUUUCAUUACUACUUUUCCUCUAAGGUGUGUCCUGUUUGGAAUUGCUUUUACCACUGUUAUAAACAUUGAAAAACUGUUUCUCGAAUUGACAAAAUUAAUAAGUACACUAGGAAGUGUUGCUAAAUCAAAAACAUUGCAUAUUGUAUCUUUCUCUCUUUUCAUUUUACAUUCUCUUAUAUGGAGCUUUCUAUAUUUGCACAUUGUGCCAAAAUACUUCCUUCUGAAAUCUUUUGCAAAAACGAAGCAUGGUGGUGAUGUUCAACAAAUUUCGGUCAUGCUCGCUUCUACGUUUUCCCUGUGGGCUUUUUAUGUUUUGGAAGUGUUCUCAUCUCCGAUCAGUAGAGCUGUAAUUAACUACCUGUAUAGCAAGACGAACAACUUAGAAAAUCUACUGUUUAAGAACGACCAGGCUGUUGAACAGACGACCCAGAACGGUACUCACUCUUGCAAUGAAGAACCUGAUUUCGUGGAAAAAAGGCAAGAGAGCAAACCCAACAGCGAGAAAAACAAAGAGAAUCUCCUACUUUUGUACCACACUGUAAAAUGUGUAAUAAGGAUAAAAAGAAAACUGAAUAGAAUACGAAGCAAAAAAGAAUCUUCGACUGAUGAAAAUGAACAAAACUUAGCUCAGAAACAAGAAGAUAAUAUGAAUGAAAGUGAACAAGUUAGCAAAGACGCGUAGAAAAAGUUUUUCUUCUUCAAAGAGUAACAAAAAUUCUUGAUUUUUUCCUUGUGAUGAAUCUUUCACAUGUGAUAACUUAUAACAAAAAUCUAUUUUAUUUCUCAAAGAUUAGAUUAAUGAAACAGAUUUUUAUCUUUACUAGUCAUUAAUUCAGUGUUUGUGUGUUAGAAACUUUGUUAUUUAUUGUUUGGGUAAGUCUGUGAUUCUCCACUUGAUCAUAUUUACCCAUUUAUAUUAUAUUUUAAUAUGUCACAUUUUUACUGUUUCUUAUUAAAAAAAAGUAAUAAAAGAUGGAAUUUA